GGUUUGAUAUUUUUCGCUUAUAAGUUGAGCACGCGCAUGCUAUCUGAUAGUAGUGGCUACGGCCGUUUGUCAGGUAGUAUCGUAUUUCAAAUGUUAUAGUGAAGUAAAAGGAGUGGACAAUGUGGAAGACAAACGAAGAUUUGGAUUUGAUUCAGCAAUCAAUAGAAGAUGACCUCCGUCGUCAAGUGUCCGAGACGAAGGCUCGUGCGGCCUGGUUCCAGCCGCGGCUCGCCAUCGUGCAGGUGGGGGGGAGGGAGGACUCCAACGUGUACAUCAGGAUGAAACUCAGGGCUGCUGAAAAUAUAGGCAUCACGGCUGAACACAUCCGCUUCUCGAGAGAUAUCACAGAGUCUGAGCUCUUGGCGGAGAUAACCAAGCUGAACGAAUCUCCUUCGGUGCACGGCAUCAUCGUGCAGAUGCCGCUGGACACCAACCACAAGAUCGACUCGCACAAGGUCACCGACGCCGUCUCCGCUGAUAAGGAUGUUGAUGGUUUAAACACUAUCAACGAAGGCAAAGCGGCUGUGGGAGACCUCUCUGGUUUUAUUCCUUGCACGCCAGCGGGUUGCGUGGAGCUAAUCAAGCAGACAGGUGUCUCCAUCGCCGGGAAGAACGUGGUGGUACUUGGCAGGAGCCGCAUCGUUGGCACUCCUGUGUCAGAGCUACUCAAAUGGGAGCAUGCCACCGUCACCGUCUGCCAUUCCAAGACCAAGAACUUGAGUGAGAUUACAAAGACAGCCGAUAUCCUGGUGGUGGCCAUCGGUCGCCCGGAGAUGGUCAAAGGGUCUUGGAUCAAGCCCGGAUCAGUUGUCAUCGAUUGUGGCAUCAACCCCAUUAGUGAUCCAUCAAAAGCCAGCGGGCAACGUUUAGUGGGUGACGUAGCGUAUGCCGAGGCUCGGGAAGUAGCGUCCCACGUGACCCCAGUGCCCGGCGGCGUGGGGCCUAUGACCGUGGCCAUGCUCAUGAAGAAUACAGUUCUCGCAGCCAAGCGCCAGUUGGACAGGAUCCUGGCGCCAUCUUGGCCGUUACAGCCGCUUAGAAUCAAGCCUUUGGUGCCACCACCAAGUGACAUCGAAAUUGCUCGCUCUCAAAAACCUAAGGACAUUGCCGAACUAGCGCAUGAAAUUGGUCUAUUCCCCAACGAGGUCUCCCAGUACGGACGUACUAAAGCCAAGAUCUCGCUGUCCGUGCUCGACCGCUUGAAGGAACAGAGAGAUGGGAAGUACAUCGUAGUAGCCGGAAUCACCCCAACACCCCUGGGUGAGGGCAAGAGUACGACCCUCCUCGGAUUGGUGCAAGCGUUGUGCGCGCAUCACGGACGUAACGCGUUCGCGUGCAUGCGGCAGCCCAGCCAGGGGCCCACGUUCGGGGUCAAGGGCGGGGCCGCGGGAGGCGGUUACUCGCAGGUAAUACCCAUGGAAGAGUUCAACCUCCACCUUACCGGAGACAUCCACGCCGUGACUGCCGCCAACAACCUGCUAGCCGCGCAGAUGGAUGCGCGCAUGUUCCACGAAGCUACCCAGAAAGACGGUCCUUUAUAUGAUCGCCUGGUCCCGAAGAUCAAGGGCGUGAGGAAGUUCUCGCCGAUCCAGCUCAGGAGGCUGAAGAAACUCGGCAUCGACAAGACGGACCCUGAUGCUCUCACGCCUGAGGAGAGGACCAAGUUCGCCAGGCUGGAUAUUGAUCCCGCUAAAGUCAUGUGGAAUAGAGUGGUGGACCUAAACGACAGAUACCUCCGCAAAAUAACAAUCGGGCAGUCACCCACAGAGAAGGGUUUGACCCGCGAGACUGCCUUCGACAUAUCCGUGGCUUCAGAAAUCAUGGCCAUCCUCUCCCUGGGCAAGGAUGCGGAUGACAUUAAGGAGCGGCUGGCCAACAUGGUGGUGGCUAUGGACAGACAAGGAAACCCGGUUACAGCUGACGAUCUGGGCAUGACAGGAGCCCUAAUGGUCCUUCUGAAGGACGCGUUCGAGCCGACCCUAAUGCAGUCGCUGGAGGGCACCCCAGUGCUGGUCCACACCGGACCGUUUGCCAACAUUGCGCACGGCUGUUCUUCAAUCCUCGCAGACAAGAUCGCCAUGAAACUGGCCAGGGAGAAUGGAUAUGUUGCCACGGAGGCUGGCUUCGGUUCCGAUAUAGGCAUGGAAAAGUUUUUCGACAUCAAGUGUCGCUCAAGCGGGUCCCGGCCUCACUGCGCGGUGCUGGUGGCCACGGUGCGCGCGCUGAAGAUGCACGGCGGCGGGCCCGCCGUCACGCCCGGCGCGCCGCUGCACGCUGUCUAUGUACAGGAAAAUUUGGAUUUACUAAGCAAGGGUCUGUGCAACUUAGGAAAACAUAUUAGCAACGGCAAUAAGUUUGGAGUUCCUGUUGUCGUCGCCAUUAAUAAACACGGAUACGACUCACCAGCCGAGCAUAAACUAGUAAGAGACUACGCACUACAAAACGGCGCUUUCCGAGCGGUAGUGUGCGACCACUGGGCGCAGGGCGGCGCGGGCGCAGUCGAGCUCGCGGACGCCGUCAUCGCCGCCUGUGACGUCACCAACAACUUCCAGUACCUCUACCCUCUCCAGCUAUCUAUCCAGGACAAGAUUAAGAAGAUCGCCACUGAGAUGUAUGGCGCUGGAGAAGUGGAAUACACGGAUGAAGUGUUGCAGAAAAUUAAGUCGUUCACUGAAUUGGGCUACGACAAACUGCCGAUCUGCAUGGCGAAGACUUCAAACUCACUCACCGGAGAUCCAUCGGUGAAGGGCGCUCCCUCGGGCUUCGUACUCAAGAUCAACGACAUCUUCGUGUCGGUGGGCGCCGGCUUCGUUGUGCCCAUGGUGGGCGAGAUCUCCAAGAUGCCAGGCCUUCCCACCCGCCCCAGUAUAUACGAUAUCGAUCUAGACACUAAGACUGGCGAAAUCCUUGGCCUCUUCUAAACUCCUCUAAUAAAGUGUUUUGUUACUUA